AUGUUCAGGGACUAUGGAGCGGGUAGUGCGGACGGCCCGGGAUCCUCGUACAACCCUCGCCCUCAGCACCCUGCCCUGCGCAGCAUGGGACCGGCCGCCGCCUCAGGGACUCUGGGAGCAGCGCAGCAGAAGUUCCCCCCUGGUCCGAGUGCAGGGGCUGCCAGCUUCGUUCCCAGCCUCAACACCAUCACCUCCAGCCAGGACCUGCAGUGGAUGGUUCGGCCCACGAUGCUCAACACCUGCUCCUCCCCCUCCUCCUUCACAGCUGCCCCAUACCCCCGCCCCUAUGGCCCCUACCCCACCGGGGCCCGCCCAGGCGUCAUCCGCACCAUUGGGCCCACCCCUGGGCUACGUCGGAGGCACAGUGAGCAUAUGACCCCCGAGGAAGAGGAGCGGCGCAGGGUACGACGGGAGAGGAACAAACUGGCUGCAGCAAAGUGCCGGAACCGGAGGAAAGAGCUAACGGACUGUCUGCAAAUGGAGACGGACCAGUUGGAGGAGGAGAAGUCAGGCCUGCAGAAGGAGAUUGCAGAGCUGCAAAAGCAGAAGGAGAGGCUGGAGCUGAUUUUGGAGGCCCACCGGCCAGUGUGCAAAGUGCAGGAUGAGUCCUCGGGAGAGGAGGAGGAGCUGGGGGGGCCGUCCGCCCCACCCCCUGUCAAGCAGGAGUCCCCGGACCCUCCCCCAGCAGUCUCACGUCGGCCCCCACCACCGGUGCCCCCACGGAUCAGCCUUCCCCCAAGCGGGGUCCUGGAGCCUGAGGCCCUGCACACCCCCACCCUGAUGGUCACACCCUCGCUAACUCCCUUCACUCCAAGCCUGAUCUUCAACUACCCUGCCCCAGGGGAAGGGGAGCCCCCUGCUGGCCAUACCUUCCCGCCUGAGCCCUGCAGCUCUGCCCACCGGCGUGGGAGCAGCAGUGGUGACCAAUCAUCUGACUCCCUCAACUCCCCCACCCUGCUGGCGCUCUGA